CCCAUGUCCCUUAUGGGCCUCUGCAGCCCCUGGCCUCUCUCUGGCCAACCAAGCUGUGACCUCAAAGAGGGUUCCUCCCCGCCCCUACCACUUCAACUCCAAGAUGCCCAAAAGCAGAGUCCCUCUGAGGGCUCCGGCUCCGCCCAGCAGAGGGUGCUCAGCAGUGUCUGGAGGGAGGAUGAAUGAGGGGCCCGCAUGUCCAGGCAGGCAUCCGCCUUGUGCAGCUACCCCAGAGGGCACAGGUUGGCCAAAGACUGCAGGUUCCCAGGCUGAGCGGCUCCAGGACACAGACCUCUUCAUCCUCACCCUCAGCCUCCUACUCGGAGGGGGACCCACACCGGGGAAUGUGACCCAGAGUGCAUGUCGGUCUGUGCAGGGACACACGGGGGUCCAGAAUCCCCAAGCUCUGCUCUUAGAGUAGACACACAGGCAGAGUCACUGCCAACUGCUCUCUGUAGCCUUCUGGAAACUUCAAACAUCCCUGCUAGUCUAGGUGUGAUCCUUGGACCACAGUAUGGGCAUCACCUGAGAUGCUUCAGACUCUGACCUGGGGCACAGCCCACACGUUAUCAGGGUGCCAGGAUGACUGGUGACACCAGUUCUUUCCCAGCUUCACAUUAGGAUCACCCUGAGGGUGUGUAAGAAAUCCCCAGGCUCAGGCCACAACCCGGGCCAAUUAAGUCAGAAUCUCCAGGAGCAGACUUCCCUGAUGGCUCAGUGGUAAAGAAUCCACCUGCCAGUGUAGGAGACACGGGUUCGAUCCCUGGUCCAGGAGAAUCCCUCACGUUGAGGAGCAGCUAAGCCCCUGCACCACAACUGUUGAGCCUGUGUCUAGAGCCUGGGACCUGCAACUACUGAACCCCCACCUAGGCUCCCUAGAGCCUGUGCCCUGUAACAAGAGAAGUCACCACAGUGAGAAGCCUGCACGCUGCAACUAGAGAGUAUCCCUGCUCUCUGCAACUUGAGAAAGCCUGCUCACAGCAGCAAAGACCCAGUGUAGCCGAAAAGUUUUAAGUUAAAAAAAGGAUCUCCAGGAGCUUCUGUUCACCUCUGUGAACUCUUGAAGGGACCCCGAUGGUGUGGCCAUGCUGAGAAUCAGGGCUCUGCUCUCUCCCACGGGGUGUUUUCUCCUUUCUCUAUGAGCCCCAAGGUCACUGACCUCCUGGGGACGAAGCCAAGCCAUCAGGGUUUCCCUCCGGACAGCGCUGGUCUUGUGCCCCACCUUCACCCCCUCUUCGCUGGCCUCCCGGCCACCCCCAUUUUCCUCCUUCCCUAGUCAUCUGGGAACCUGGACACUGCCCACUCACCCGCCCAUCACCAAACCUGCCACCCCACCUGGGCCAUCAGCCUGUGUGACAGCUGUCCCCCGCAACAGGAAGUCCUGAGUCCUGCUCAAAGCUGGAAAUCGGGACUGCAGGGAAGUGUUGAAAUGAGGAAGGCGUGUUGAGGCAACAAGGGCCAGCAGGAGGGCCUCAACCACCCAGCUCACUCCUAAGUAAGCGUGGAGCUUACCAUGCCCCUUCCCUACUGAGAACUACCCCUCCCCUCCCACGGAGGCCCUGGCUGGAGGUGGCCUUGCCCCGCCUCUGUUGCCAGGAGGUCCUCCUGGCCUGGCACAAGUCCUCCCUGGAGUCCGGAGGCCAGAACAUGGCAGGACUGGGGUGGUGGUGAGGGGGCAGCAGAAUCUAGAAGUGAGUGACUGUUGGGAGGGAUUCUGUUGACAGGAUGCCCAAAGCUUGCAGGGCAGGACAGGAAUUCAAGAAGCACUGACAGGAUCUGAGACCAGGCUGGGGCUGUCCCCGCCUCUGCCCCUUCCUCCCCUCCCCUCCCCGCCUGGCCAGCAGACCCCACCCCGUGGAGCAGAAGCCACAGUCACUUCCUGAAGGCAGCGGUCCUGGCCUGGGUCCCACUCGCCUUGUGGCCCGUCGCCCUCCUGCAGCCAUGGGGAGUCAUCAGGACUUCCGGAGCCUUCAAGCAAAGUUCCAGGCCUCUCAGCUGGAGACUGGCGACCUCCCCAAAAAGCCCCCGAAGCCUGAGUUCCACAAACUCCUCAGAAAGUUUCCACAGCCUGAGCUAGGCGAGCACCCCAAGAAGCCCCCACAGCCUGAGUUCACUGACCUGCCCAAAAAGCCCCCCAAACUUGAGUUCAGUGAACUCUCCAAGAAGUCCCUGCAGCCCGAGGCCACACCACUCCCCAGGAAGCCUGAGGUCCCUGAGGGCCCCCCUCAGAAGCCCCCGCAGCAGCCUGAGCUCAGCAACACCCCCAGGCCCCCCGUGGAGCCCAAGUUCAGUACUCUUCUUCAGAAGCCCCCGCAGCCUGAGUUUUGUGGGCUCCCCAGAAAGCCCCCGCAGCCUCAGGUCGGUGGCCUCCCUAAGAAGCCCCUGCCACAGCCCGAGUCCACUGAGGUCCCUCCAGUGCCCCUCUUAAAGCCUGAAUUUGGUGAGCCCCACCCCCACUCCUCAGAGCCUAAUAACUUCAGUACUCUUCCCAAGAAGCCUCCGCAACCUGAGUUCUGUGGGCUCCCCAGAAAGCCCCCGCAGCCUCAGGUCGGUGGCCUCCCUAAGAAGUUCCUGCCACAGCCUGAGUCCAGUGAGGUCCCUCCAGUGCCCUUUUCAAAGCCUGAAUCUGGUGAGCCCCACCCCCACUCUUCACAGCCCGACUUCAGUACAUUUCCCAGAAAGAUCACCCGGCCUCAGCUGAAUGACCUCCCCAAGAAGCCCCUGCCACCUGAGUUUGGUGACCUCACCAGGACGUCCUCGGAGCCAGAGGUCAGUGUGGUUCCCAAGAAGCCACGCCAGUGUGAGUUCAAGGUGCUCUCCAAGAAGCCCCUGCAGCCCGAGCCCGCCAGCCUCUCGAGGACGUCCUCGGAGCCCGAGUUCAGCGUGCUCCCCUCCAAGUUUCUGCAGCCCGAGUGUCGGGGGCCCCCCCGCAAGUUCUCGCAGCCAGAGCCCAGUUCUCUGCCCAGGAACCUCCCAAGAAAGCCCCUGCUCCCUGGCUCCUUUUCAGAGAGCUCACUGCCCUCUGCUGUGGCGGGCUCCAGCCCACGGGUCCCUCUCAGCCCAGGGUUUGGGGCACGGCAGCAGAGAUCAGGAGCCCUCGCUCGGAGUGCUGGCUCCAGACUAGGUCUCAGACCUGGUCACCUGCCCCGGCGGAGGCCUCUACCCCCGGCCAGCAGCCUGGGCCCUCCCCCAGCCAAGCCCCCACUGCCCCCAGGCCCCAGGGAUAUCCAGAGUUUUCGGAGAGCUGCGGCAGCAGACACAGCUCUGCCCAGGACCUCCUCUUCUGCUGGCCUCCACUGCAUCCCACAGGACCCAGACGAGGUGUACGAUGACGUCGAGCCCACAGACCACUCUGGACCUGGCCCCAGGAGCAGAGAUGAAGUGCUGUCGGCUCAGCAGUACCCGUGGAGGCCACCGCAAGACCCAGAGCUCAGGAAGGAGAAGGCGCCCCUCCAGCCACCACAGAUGCCGCCCAUGGACCUGAAGUCCCUGAAGCAGCUCCGGAAGGCAGAGAAAGCGGAGCGAGAGUUUCGGAAGAAGUUCAAGUUUGAGGGGGAGAUUGUGGUUCAGACAAGGAUGAUGAUCGACCCCAAUGCCAAGACCCGCCGUGGGGGCGGCAAGCACCUGGGGAUCCGGCGUGGGGAGAUCCUGGAGGUGAUCGAGUUCACCAGCAAGGAGGAGAUGCUGUGCCGGGACACCAAGGGCAAGUAUGGCUAUGUGCCAAGAACAGCUCUACUGCCCCUGGAAACAGAGGUGUACGACGACGUCGCUGCCUGGGAUCCUUUGGACAGCCAACCAUUGCCCUAGGGACAGUAAGGCCCGCAGGUGUGGGGAUCAAGGACAGCCCACCAGUCCAGUCACCCGCUAAUAAGGAGUCCUGGACCCUAGCGUGGCCAUCACAGAACUGCCUGGGCUCCUGUCUGACCACGUCCACAGACCACAUAAAGUCCCUCUUUUAAAGUGA